CCUCCACACUUCCCAGCCUCCCAGGCCCAAAGCAGCAGCAACAGCAGCAACAGCAGUGCGGACGGAAUCCCAAGCGGAACGGACGCGAGUUAAACUCUCAGCCUUGAUUUUCAAGCGAGGCCUCUGCAUCCUCUGGUUUCUACAGCAGCACUUGACUCCCUAAGAUGGGAAUCCUAAAAACCAAGGAGUAAUAGGUCCCUUUCUUCAUUGAGGCACCAGGAUUACCACCAACUUUGUGCCAUUUUGGCUUCUUCUUUGGCAUCCCUCUCCCAGUUUGUCUUCAUCUGAAGUGACAAACUAUGGGAGCCUAGUGCCUGGCAAAAGAUUCCUUGUGACAGAAAUAAUAAUUAAACUUUCUCUCACUGAGGAGAAAAUGGCACUUUGAGCUCCCAUGCCACAUUCCUAUUGACUUAUUUGCCAUCAUUUGGAGACUUGACCCCGAGGCGAAAUGAGUCAGAGUGCCAGUUCCCGCUUGGCCGAUUCGCCUCAGCUCUCCAAGAGCAGCCUCCUCAACAUUUUGGGCAGCCCUCAGCCGGAGAGGAUGAGCCUGUCUGAUUCCAUGCCCCCUACUCCAAAGAGCGGCACCCCAUCGCCCGGGCCACCCCAGCUCUCCCUGCUGAGUGCCAGUUGCCUCGAAGGGGACUGGGAGAGCCGGGAAGAGCUGCGGCUCCGUGAACUGGAAGAGGCCCGAGCCAGAGCUGCGCAGAUGGAGAAGACGAUGCGCUGGUGGUCGGACUGCACUGCCAACUGGCGAGAAAAGUGGAGCAAGGUGCGUGCCGAACGCAACAAGGCCCGGGAGGAAGUGCGCCAACUGCGCCAGAAGCUGGAGACCCUGACGAAGGAACUGACCAGCCUGAAGCGGGAGAGACAAGAGGUCCUGAACGAGAAUGAGCAACUGGGCAAAGAGGUGGCCCGGCUCAAAGGAGACAGUGAGGGGGAGAAGGAGAUGGACAACCGCAUCACUUCUGAGAAGGAGAGUGAUGCCGCCCCAGAGCAGGAGCCGGUGCGGGACGUCGGCUCUGAGAAGAUGUCGAAAAAUAAGGAAUUUGAACUGAUGGAGAACCUCUUGAAGAGCAAGCAAGAAGGACCUGAGUGCUGGGACCAGAGAAGUUCGAUCAGUGUCCGUUCGUCUUUCAUCCGCCAAGAGAGGAACCGUCUGCUUUGGGAAGAUGUCUCCGUCAUUGAAGAAGAUGCCACCAAGAUCACCGCGCUCAAGCUGCGGCUAGAUGAGUCCCAGAAAGUCCUACUCAAGGAGCGAGAGGACAAAUUGUCCCUCAGCAAGAACAUUGAGAAGCUGGAAGGGGAGCUGAGCCAGUGGAAGAUCAAGUACGAAGAGCUGAACAAGAACAAGCAAGAAGUGCUGAAGCAGCUGAAUAUCCUCAAGGAGAUCCACCAAGAUGAACUGGGACGUAUCUCUGAGGAUCUGGAAGAUGAGCUUGGGGCACGGUCGAGUAUGGACAAGAAGUUGGCAGAGUUGCGCUCGGAGAUGGAGCGCCUCCAGGCUGAGAACGCAGCAGAAUGGGGAAAGCGGGAGCGCCUGGAGACGGAGAAGCUGAACCUUGAACGGGAGAACAAGAAGCUGCGGGCACAAAUUGAGGACCUGGAGGAAGUCUUGGCACGAAAGAGGAGGCAGACAGUCAGUGCCCUGGACACCGACUUCAAAACCAUCCAAGCAGAGCUCUUUGAGAAAAAUAAGGAACUGGCUGACCUGAAGCAUGUGCAUGCCAAGCUGAAGAAGCAAUGCCAGGAGAAGAUGGCUGAGCUGGCCCAUGCCAACCGGCGGGUUGAGCAGCAUGAAGCUGAAGUGAAGAAGUUACGCCUGCGUGUAGAAGAGCUCAAGAAGGAACUGGCCCAGGCUGAGGACGAGCUUGAUGAGGCCCAUAACCAGGCGCGGAAAUUGCAGAGGUCGCUUGAUGAGCAGACAGAGCAAAGCGAGACCCUCCAAGUGCAGCUGGAGCACCUGCAAUCCAGACUCCGCCGCCAGCAGAACAUCCCUCUUUUUGGGAAGAUCCGUGGUUCACGCUUUGGCCCCGAUGACCCUGGCGAUGGCACCAGCGACCUCGAUGAAGACGAAGACUUGCAAAUCCAAGUUCCUUAGCAGCCACUGUCACUAGUGAUAGUGACACAGAAGCCUAGAUACUUGCUGCACUGAGCAUGGUGCUUGGGUCAGGACAGUUGCUCUUCAACCAGAGCAAUAUAUGGCCUUUUCUUUUAACAACUCAAAGGGAAAAGAGACACAGAACUGUGAGAAAGGCUGGGGAGGAAAUAAGACUUGCUGACCAGGAAUGGCCGUUUGAAGAAAUUGGUCCUGGAAAGAUUUCAAAGAGGGUGUUGCCAUGCAAUGCCCCGCUUACUUGUCCCCCUCGCCAUUCCCAUCCUACAAAUCAUCGCUAGUGCUCAAAGCAAAACCAAGAACUAAAAACUUGACAUAUUCCAGGGAACCAUCUGCCUCCAUUGGGAUUAUUUGUAUACCAACUUCCCCUAAUGCUCAGGCCUCUUCAGUAUUUGAAGAUGCGGUGGCUGGUGGUUUCCAUGUCAGUGGGUUGACCAGUCCACUCUGAUUUUACUAUGAACUUUAAAGGAGCCGCCCAAAACAAAACUUGUUUGGGGUCUGGCACCUGUUAAGGUUCCAGCAGAAAGGCAGGGUGGAUUCAUCACCUGCGGACAUGGAAAUCCCUGAGUUUCAAGGGUAAACCUAAUCCAUUUCAUUCCUCGCUAUUGGCAGGCACACUCCCAGUCUCCAUUUUCUCUCUUGGAGGUCAAGCACAAGACUCUGAGCUCAGUUCAAACAAAUCCAAGAACUGGGAAAUGAACUCUCUUGAGAAGGAAGGGAGAAGCAAAGUGUGGGAUGGAGAAGAAAGGAAUGAGAUGGUGUGGGUCUCUUCCCAUGGAGACCACUGUGGCCUAUGCUUCCCUUCAGUACUUUCCUGCGUCAAUUUUCUACUCAACCGAUUCUCCAGAUUGGCUCUGCCGUGUCUCCUGAGUUGAACAGGUACUCAAAUAAAAUGCCAGAGAGGCAGGUGAGGAAAGGGGUAAAAAAUGUGAUGAGGAAGCAUCUCAUCACCUCAGCCUCCUCAUUUAUCUAUAUUUCUCUGUAUUGUAUAUGUUUUGUAUUAUAAACAUUGAGCUC